AGAAGGAAUGGAAGGCAUAUCGGAACCACCAAAAGAUCAAAGGAAUAGCUCAGAUAAAGGAGACACCGAUAUUUACGAAAACACUGCAGACAGCAAAAAUGUUAAGGAAAACAUUGCUGAAGAAGGGAAAUGUAAUAUAGAAUCGAGAAAAAGCAUUGAAGACCAAGAAAAAAGCAUUACAGAGCAAAAGAAAAGUAUAAAAGACCUAGAGAAAAUCAUAAAAGACCAAGAAAGAAACAUUUCACAACAAGAGGAAAUAACUGAACAGCUACAGCAAAGUAUUAAACAACAUGAGGAAAAUAUUAAGGAACAGAAGACAUUAAUGGAACCUCGGUGGAAUAUCAUAGAAAAUGAAAAGGAAAGCACAAAAGAAAAAGAAAUCGACACUAAAAAGAAAAGCACGAAGUCUGGUGAUGGCGAGAAUGAGAUGGAGAUCAGAAACAAGGAAGAGAAACGCAUUGAGGAAGAAAAGAAAGUCAUCGAGAAGCAUGAGAAAAUUAUAGGAGAGCAGAAAAGAUGUGUUAAAGAGCUAGAGGAAAGCAUCCAAAAGCAAAAGGAAUCCAUUGAAGAGAUCAAAAUAUACAUUGCAGUACAAGGGGAAAAUAUUAAAGAGCAAGAACAAAAUGAAAUUAUCGAAAAGCAGAAGAGAUUGCUUGAAAAUCUGGAUAAAGUAAUUGAAGAACGGAAUAAAAUCAUUGAAGAGCUGAAUAGGUUUCGUGAAGAUCUAAUGAAAGUGAUUAAAGAACAGAAUACAAAAAUUGAUGAGCUAAAGAAAAUCAUACUAGAGCAAGGAGAUGUUAUUGCUGCUUUUUUGGUUUCCUGGAGUGAUUUGAUUAAGAGAAGCAAACCUUGUGAAAGAGGGGAAGCAUUGAAGAUGCUUGAUGUCAAUUAUUCGUGCCAAUACGAGGAAGAUAAAAGGAAAUUGGAAAGUAUUUUGCGAAUUGGAAUAUCAUCUUUAGCUUUGGACUCCUUCUUUUUGAGUGGUUGUUUGAUAUUUUGCUUGACACUUCCAGUACUCAGAAGAAAGGGAUUAAUGACAUUGUAUUCUCUUUUUGCUGUUGUAGCUGUUGUGUUCUGUGGUCUACUUUUGAACGAGUACCUCGUUAUUUCAAGAAUCAAAGCAGUUCAAAAAACUACGGAUUAUCAUAAAUUAAGGAAGGAUAUGUUAGAAUCGCUUCAACAAAAUUACAGAUCUGAUAUUCUCAACAGCAGUGAUGUUAUAUCAAACAGUUGGAACUCCUUCUUUAUUAAGUACGACUGUUGUGCUGUAAAGCAAGUAACGAGCACAACAAAUGACUUUGAUACGACCCCCUGGUGUACAACAUCCGGAUCUUGUCAACAGACGAAUUCACAGAUUCCAAAAACCUGUUGUAGAGAUGUCACUGAAGAUGACUACAUGAAUGCACCUGAUAGUUGUCAUGCCACCGUCACUGCCGGAACUUAUAAGGAGAGCUGUUUCAUCCGAAUAAAAUCAUUAAGUGAUGAUGGCAUGCAAGAAUGUGAACUCGAUGCCCUAUGUACCUAUGUUUUUACACUGGGGAUAAGUAAGCUUGCUGCAUUUGUCCUUAGUAUUGUGACAGUUUUGAUACGCUUUGAUGGCAAGAAAAGAAAAAAAAAUCACUUACAGACAUAUACCGAAAACAAGAUGUCGAUUGGAAAAAUAGUUUCAAACGGUUAAGUUAGAAACAUAUAAAAUAUGCCUACAUUAUUAAACGUAUCAUGUUUGAACUGGAAUUUCAAAACAAUUUUUGGAUGGUAAUAUUUAAAAUUAAGCGGAAAACAAUUGAAAAGCAAUCAAAUACAAUAAAUUCAGAUGUAUUUCAUAUUUGCAAUAGCAUGUUAGGUAUAAUAACUACAUUUUACAAUAUGUUUUAAAUUUGACUGUGAUAAGGCCGUAUUUACAGUUUUGUGACGAAAAUUUUAUUCAAAGCAUAUUGAAUUCAUGGUGGUAAAUGGUCAGGAAAGGAAUCAGCAAAUGCAUACAUUUUUUUUAAAUAAAUGCUUUUUUCACCUGUAUGUAAAUCAGUAAGAUUUAGAAUAAAUAUUUUUUGCAAUUGGAAUGCAUAUGCUUUUACUAGUAUAUUAAUGAGGAAGGGAAUUAUAUUGCAAUCAUAUCAUAAUUAAUUAACUUUUAAUAGUAAGCUUAUUAGUGAAAGUAUAAAAAAGUUUAAUCAGCCAGGAUGGAUACUAAUUUUGUAACAAUUACAGUGACUUGAUUAAUGGAAUGGGGAUCUUAAAUCUAUGAACUAUAAUUAUCUUUAUUGAGCAAACUUGAAUUUGAUGUUUGUGCAAUGAACUAUAAUGUGGCAUAUUGUAGUAGAUUGGUCAGAAUAUAUGAAAUGUUUAGAGAUAACGAACAGUAUUCAAGCUCAAAUGUCCAUUAAACAUUACAAAAUAGGAGCAGAGACCGAUCAAAUCCUUCGAUACUAAUGUAUUACAGAUAGAAAAUGGGUCUUUACCUCACAAAUUUUGGCUGAUGUAUAGUAGUGUCUCCUUCAUUAGAAUCAUUAGUAUAGCAUCUUAGGUAAUAAGAAAACCCUAAAUAAACGUCUUGAAUGAAAAUUUGAGAGGAAAGUAUAACUAAUAAAGUGUUUAGAAAUAUGUCAAUACGAUAUAUCCUAGUGAGCUUGAAAUAAAAGAUACCACGGAGUCUGAUACAUUUGUUGCAUAUUUGGAUAUUUUAAAAGAAAAAUAAAACUUUAAUGGUAAUCUAACAACAAAUUUUUAUGAUAAACGUGAUGACUUUAACAUAUCAAUCGUCAACUUCCCUUACUUAUGCAGCAAUAUAUCCUUAUCACCUGCAUAUGGGGCUUAUAUCUCUCAAUUGAUUCGAUACACAAGAGUAUGCUUUACGUAUGAACAAUUUCUAAAUCGAGGUAAGUUAUUGACAAACAAGUUGAUAAAACAAGAAUGUCAAGAGUCUCGUUUAAAGUCAUCAUUUCGUAAGUUCUAUUGUCGAAACAAUGACAUUGUCAGCAAGUACAGUCUAUCAUUAAGUCAAAUGCUGACAUGUUUUUCAUAGCAGUUGUUAAACCAUUAUUUACACACUGAAUUGUCAACGGAUUUUUCCGUUACUUCCCAAUCAUGACAAGGAGCUCAUGGCGGGUGUGACCGGUCGGCAGGGGAUGCUCACUCCUCCAUGGAUCUGAUCCCAUCCUGAUGUUUUAGAGGUCCGUGUUUGCUCUGCACCUGAUUUGUAUUGUUUGAAUGGAUUUUGAGUUUGAAUACCGAUCGCUAUCUCCAUAUAUUUCUUUAUAGACUUAAUCAUUGCUGGGCAAUUUUUUAAAUAAUUAAGUGGUAAACCACCUUAGUUUUCUCUUUGAAUUAUUAGAUUAACGUCUGAAAUAUUAAAACGUUGUACAAAUGUAGUACUUUACAGCCUUAUUUCUAUAUCUUCUAGAUUAUAUAUACCACCAUAUCAUUCAAUAAACUUCCAGCUUAAAAAAACAAACAUAUCAUUGAAAAGUAUUUAUUUAGAAAAUACC